CCUCUGUUUUAUCUCUCCACAGAGAAAGAAAGAAAGAGAGAAAAAGAGAGAAGCUUAGCUUUGCUUGCGUGAUCUCCUCUCUCUCUCUCUCUUCUCUCUCUGAUCAUCUCAUCAUCAUUGGAUGAAGCAGUCCAGAGUUUAUCUUUAGAUUCGAUUCAUGAUUCUCCUUCAUUUUCAACGUUUUCCUCGUUGAGUUCCUCUGUUCUUCUUCUUCUUCUUCCUCUUCUACAUAAACAUCUGAGCUCUCCUGAUGACGUCUCCUUCUCCGUAGAUCUAGCUUAUCUAUUCCCCUAUAGAUCUGAAUCUAAAAGCUUCAUCCUUUCUAGAGUCUAAAGAUCUCUGUUUAUCAAAGCUCGGGACUUUACACGACUCUGUUUCGUACAGAGCACUCUGUUUCUGAGCUGAAAUUCAAAUCCACGAGCUUAGCUGGAAGUGUGUGGAUCUCAAGCUCAUGUUCUUGAUCUAAUUAAGAGAGGGGAGAUGAAUUACUUCCCAGACGAGGUGAUUGAGCACAUCUUCGACUUCAUAUCCUCUCACAAAGACAGGAACUCGAUCUCUCUCGUCAGCAAAUCGUGGCACAAGAUCGAGAGGUGUAGCAGGAAGAGAGUGUUCAUCGGAAACUGCUACGCCAUCAACCCGGAGAGGUUGAUACAGAGGUUCCCAUCUCUCAGAUCGUUGACUCUCAAAGGGAAGCCUCACUUCGCUGACUUCAACUUAGUUCCUCACGAAUGGGGAGGCUUCGUUCACCCUUGGAUCGUUGCUUUGGCUAAGGCUCGCGUGGGGCUCGAGGAGCUUCGGUUGAAGAGGAUGGUUGUCUCUGACGAAAGCCUCGAGCUUCUUUCGCGUUCCUUCUCGAGUUUCAAGUCUUUAGUGCUCGUUAGCUGUGAAGGGUUCACUACUGAUGGCUUAGCCUCCGUUGCUGCUAACUGCAGGCAUCUCCGUGAGCUAGACUUGCAAGAGAAUGAGAUUGAUGAUCAUAGAGGUCAAUGGCUAAACUGUUUUCCCGAAAGCUCCACGGCUCUUACCUCGUUGAACUUCUCAUGUCUUAAAGGAGAAACCAAUCUAGCUGCUCUAGAGAGACUCGUCGCGAGGUCACCAAACCUGGAGAGCUUGAAGGUGAACCGUGCGGUGCCUCUCGAUGCGCUCACGAGGCUAAUGAGCUGUGCUCCUCAGCUGGUGGAUUUGGGAGUAGGGUCUUAUGAGAAUGAGCCUGAUCAAGAGUCUUUUAUGAAGCUUAUGGCUGCUAUAAAGAAAUGUACCGAGUUGAGAAGCUUGUCGGGGUUCUCGGAGGUUGCUCCGCUUUGUCUCACGGCGUUUUAUCCGAUAUGUCAAAACCUUACCUCCUUGAACCUCAGCUAUGCAGCUGAGAUCCAAGGGAACCACCUCAUAAGGUUUAUUCAGUUUUGUAAGAGACUUCAACGGUUAUGGAUAUUGGAUAGUAUUGGAGACAAAGGACUUGAGGUUGUUGCUUCCACAUGUAAAGAGUUACAAGAGCUGAGAGUCUUCCCCUCUGAUUUACACGACGAAGAAGACAACGACACAGCUGUUACUGAGAUCGGUCUAGUUGCAAUCUCAGCAGGCUGCCCUAAACUCCACUCCAUCCUCUACUUCUGCAAGCAAAUGACAAACGCAGCGCUCAUAACCGUGGCGAAAAACUGUCCGAACUUCAUCCGGUUCAGGCUAUGCAUCCUCGAGCCAAACAAACCAGACCACACCACAUCUCAGUCACUAGACGAAGGCUUUGGUGCCAUUGUGCAAGCCUGCAAGGGUCUAAGACGCCUCUCUGUCUCGGGUUUGUUAACAGACAAAGUCUUCCUCUACAUCGGUAUGUACGCUGAACAGCUCGAGAUGCUUUCGAUAGCUUUUGCUGGGGACACGGACAAAGGGAUGCUGUAUGUGUUGAAUGGGUGUAAAAAGAUGAGGAAGCUGGAGAUAAGAGACAGUCCGUUUGGGAACGCUGCGCUUCUUGCUGAUGUCGAUAAGUACAGAACAAUGCGAUCCCUUUGGAUGUCGUCUUGUGAAGUAACGCUCGGUGGGUGCAAGAGGCUGGCGAGAAACGCGCCGUGGCUUAACGUGGAGAUCAUUAAUGAGAAUGAGAAUAAUGAUGUGAUGGAGAGGAAUGAAGAAGAUGAAAGGGAGAAGGUUGAUAGGCUUUACCUUUACCGAACAGUGGUUGGGGCUAGAAAAGAUGCACCGCCAUGUGUUACGAUUCUUUAGUCUCUCCCACGUGUUGGUUUUGUUUUGAAGCUUUGCAUGUCGUUCGUUAGCUCUUGUACUUUCGUUUUCAGACAAGAACGGACUGUGUUUUGAAACUCCAAGCCUUUUUCUUUUAGUUGCAUUGUACUUUGUUUCUGAUCUCUGUUACAACUACAGAGUUUUUUUUUUGUUUUUAUUGAACUUGGGAAUCUAAAGACAAUUAGCU